AUGUCUGGAAUCAAGGAAGGCGGCGAUGUGGUGGACACCAAGCCAGAGAAGCUUGAAGCUCAAAUCAAGUCCGUCGAUAUGAGCGAAGACAUGCAGCAAGAAGCUGUCGAAGUCGCACAGGAGGCUAUGGACAAGUUCACUGUCGAGAAGGAGAUCGCCCACCACAUUAAGCGAACAUUCGACGAGCGAAAAGGCGCAACCUGGCAUUGUAUCGUCGGCCGGAACUUUGGAAGUUUCGUCACUCACGAGACGAAGCACUUUAUCUACUUCUAUCUCGGUCACGCUGCGAUCUUGCUUUUCAAGACUCAGUAAAAUCUCAGCUUCGAAACACAGUUUUUGCGUGCCUUAGAACAGCUGAGCUGCUUGAUGACAAUGAUGAACGUAUGAAACUCAAGCGAUUCUCAACAUCUUUUCGAGGAGUCUCCUCCACCUUCACAAAUUGCAUUUGAACUGUCCGUUGUGAACUACAGGUUGGUCUUGCGACAUCCGGUCAAUGCGCGUAUCCUGGGUCGCAAAGUGAAAUUGAAUGCGGUCGUAUCUGAAUGCAUUUGCAUUGAAGCGAUCAUCAGGAGAUCGUCUCCUGGACGUCGUCGAAUUCUUCCCAUCAGCCCUAC